CCUUCCUAUUUAAUUUUUCUGUUCUUACUUCUUACACACACACACACAUAUUAACGCUACGCGUUAUCUACCUGAUUCGACACACACAACACAUACGGAGAUUCAAAAAGUGUUGUGUUAUUGUUUGUUUGUCUGUUAGUGAUUUAAUUAGAAUUAGAGAAUUAAUUGAGAGUCAAAAGAGAGAAAAAAGAAUGAACGGUGAGUGAGUGAGUGAACGAGUGUUGAAGCAAGCAAUGCAGCAGCAUUCGGUUAUGGCGGAAUCGAAAGAAUUGAAAGAACGGUUAUGGAAACUUGUUAAAACUAUCGUUGACUCUGAUGAUGACUAUUCUCUGCAAACCACCGAUGAUGCUAUCUCUACUCUUUCUUCUCUCAAAGAUUUCAAAAUCAAGAACAAGAACAAGAACUCUCUUAGUAGUAAGAAUGGAACAACAAAAUCUUUCUCUCAUAAAUUUGACCAUUUUGCCCCUCCUUCUCAUUUUCUUUGCCCUAUUUCUUCUCAAUUGAUGAUCGACCCUGUUAUUUUGUCCACCGGACAGACUUAUGAUCGGCCAUUCAUCCAGAGGUGGUUGAAUGAAGGCAAAAGAACAUGCCCUCAAACCCAGCAAGUUCUUUCUCACACAAUUCUUACUCCUAAUUACUUGGUCCGAGACAUGAUUGCGCAGUGGUGUAAGGAGCGUGGACUUGAGCUACCACAGCCUUCUGCUCGGGACACGGAUGAAGUGGUGACUAAUGCAGACAGAGACCGUUUAAAUGUAUUGCUUCAUAAGUUAUCGUGUUCUGUUUCUGAUCAGAAAGCGGCUGCGAAAGAGCUUCGGUUGUUAACAAAGCGGACACCUUCCUUUCGAACCCUUUUUAAGGAGUCUGGUGAUGUGAUCACACAGUUGCUUCAUCCAUUAUCACCAGGCAGUGCUUGUCCUCACCCUGAUCUUCAAGAGGAUUUGAUCACAACUAUUCUGAAUCUCUCAAUUCUUGAUGAUAAUAAGAAAGUGUUUGCAGAGGAUCCAACCCUCAUUAACCUGCUGAUUGAUGCCAUGAAAUGGGGAACCAUUCCAACAAAAAGCAAUGCUGCAGCAGCUAUUUUCACAUUAUCAGCAAUCGAUUCCAACAAGCUCAUCAUUGGAAAAUCUGGAGCUAUCAAACAUUUGGUUGGCCUUCUAGAUGAGGGAGAUACAUUAGCCAUGAAAGAUGCUGCAUCAGCCAUAUUUAACCUAUGUCUUGUUCAUGAGAAUAAAGGGAGGACCGUGCGAGAAGGGGCAGUUAGGGUAAUUUUGAAUAAGAUCAUGAACAGCAUUCUAGUUGAUGAGCUGUUGGCUAUACUGGCACUCCUCUCCAGUCAUCCCACGGCUGUUGAAGAAAUGCGCGAUUGUGGUGCAGUUCCUUUCUUACUGAAAAUUAUAAGGGAGAGCACAUCAGAAAGAUGCAAAGAAAAUUGCAUUGCAAUCCUAUAUACAAUCUGUUAUAAUGAUAGAACAAUGUGGAGGGAAAUCAAAGAAGAAGAAAAGACCAAUGGGACGUUAUCUAAGCUCGCACAAUGCGGAACUUCAAGGGCGAAAAGGAAGGCUAGCGGUAUACUGGAGAGGGUCAACAGAUCUCCAUCCUUAACUCACACUGCUUAGUUAAAUGAAACCUUCAAAAAUCAGAAAAUCACCCGUGUAAAUAAAUUAUUACUUGCUUUCUUAUGUACAAAUGGGAAAGAAAAAAAGGUUCACAUAUUUGAUGUACAUCAACUGCAUAAGCAUACCGUUCCUUAUCACAUGCAAUCAGGCAUAUAAAUGAAUGAAUUGCUAAAGCAAAGUGUUCUACUUUUAACUUUAUUUAAGUUUCUACUUUCUACUAUAUACUUUAUUCCUUUUGAAAAA